UCGAUAAAAAAGGAAGAGGGAAAGAAUCAAGACAUGUAAUAAUAGAAAAGUGGAAAAAUUGAAAGAAGAAGAAGCCCGGCGAGAAGAUAUCGUGGUACAGGGUGCUCGGCGUGGCCGGCGUUUACGAACGGCCCUGAACUAGCGGCGGCGGUGGCGGCGGCAACGGCGGAGUAAUUCGCACGCGUCGUGGGGGCCCUCAGCUGUUUCCCGCCAAAGAUCGCCAUUACAAAACGCGUUCGGCCGUUGUGUGUUAGCGUAUCGCGCGCGUCCUCCGUCGUAGUGACUAUUUCAAUGGUGGAAUAUAUCAGUGCAUUGCCGCUACAGUUGUGAUCGCUCGCUUCUUCGUAUUUUAUCAUCGACGUUUCGACAUUUUCCUUUUAUCCGUUCAAUUUCCUUCGCCAACAUCAAGAACGUAUAAAAAGACUGAGAGAAAGGGGGCUUCUAGGGAGAAAAAAAAGAGCGUAUUCUUGUCUGUCGCGUAUCACGCGUAGACAUUAACGCGUAACAAUUCGCCGCCGUGUCAAGGAGAGCGUGCGCGCGCGCGCGCGUUCUUUCUUUCCGGUCCGUAGUGGAGUGUGUCGUCGUGCGAGAGGAGGAAGAAGAAGAAGAAGAAGAGGAGGCGGAGGUCGAGGAGGUGGAGGAGGAGGAGGCGGAGGAGGAGGUGGCGGAGGUGGCGGUGGAGGAGGAGGAGGAAGAAGAAGAAGAGGCGGAAGCGACGUUUUCUCGCGUCUACCGCGACAACGGCGGCUGCUGCUGGGAGCUUGUUGAGUCGCGGACCGGGAUUCUCGGUGCGCUUCAAGAUAUGUCAGUUUUUACUACUGACGAUCGGAUUUUGCUUGAAGAAAUCGUCGAGGCGGAUACCGAAGAACACGAGGUUGAACUCUGCGGUAGCAUCGAGAAAGUGGAGGAGAGCUCGGUGACGAGUAUAACGGCGGCCGUCGAGGCCACAGAUAAUCAGCAACAACGACAACAAUCGAAGAGUAGCAACGCGGUAGCAGCAGGUCGUCGCCUAGGAGGAGGUGCUGUUGGUGGUGUCGGUUCUGGUGGUGUCGGUGGUAUUGGUGUUGUUAGUGGUGCUGCUGGUGCUGGUGCUGGUGCUGGUGCUGGUGGUAGUGUUGGAGGUGGUGGAGGAGGAGGAGGAGGAGGACAAAACGUUGCUUUGAAUGGUAAUAACGUUGUUGGACGUGUCACGCCACGUAGCCACAUGGAGCAGGAAAAGCGGAUACGGCGAGAAAUCGCCAAUAGCAACGAGCGACGUCGCAUGCAGAGCAUCAACGCCGGUUUCCAAUCUCUUAGGACGUUGCUGCCGCAUCACGAGGGCGAGAAACUUUCCAAGGCAGCGAUACUUCAACAGACUGCCGAAUAUAUCUACCAAUUAGAGCAAGAGAAAACACAAUUGUUGUCGCAAAACUGUCAAUUGAAGCGACUGGUGAAUCAACACGAAGGUGGUGAUUUACCUAUAAAGAAGCGUAAACCUGAUAAUCAAGGAGUUGUUGUAAGUUUACCGGUGCACGUAAGCGAGAGCGGCGACGAAGGAUUGGGCAGUAUGUCCCCGGAGCCUCUUUCCGUAAUUACGGUGACAACGGAGGGCCAUUCCGUGGUUAGCAGCAGCGAGGUCGUCGAACUUAGACGACAGUUGGAGAGAGAACGUCACGCAAGACUGCAUUUGGAGAAGCAGAUGAGAGCCAUUCAGAGUCAGCUGUAUCCGGAAAGAUUCCGAGAUAAUCAGCUGAUAGCGUAUCAACCUCACGAGGUAAUCGAACAUACGGACAACGUCAUGAAUCAAGAAACCGAAGAAGCUGUUGCAGCAUUGCAAGUGGUAUCGGUUAUGUCAUUACCCGCGGUGGGCUCGACUCAAACGGUAGAAACGUCGAGUCCCGAACCGAGCUCGCCUCCGUUGUCUCCUCAACCCGGUGACUUGGUACCAAGCGACGAACUGAUAAAAGAAGGGGAAUCCAGACCGAGCAGUCCGAAAAUCGUCGCUUUCGCUCCGAAUUCCGUGUUCGCGAGUUUGGAGGAACAAACCACUGUUGAUUCUUUUUCCUCCUCGAGUCGUGUCACUUAUGGCUCAUCGAAUGCUGAUUUUAAAAGUGCUUCGCCGCAAUAUAUCACGAGCAGUCCGACCAGACCUUUCUCGCCUCCCGCGGAACCGCAACGAUUGCCAAGCGUCCUCGAGGCUGCGAUGAAGGCAGAACCCAAAGUCGAAGUCGAAAGAUUACCAUCGCCGUCUAACUCGUUGGACGAUGGCACCCCACAAGCGAGGCUCUAUCUCGCCAAUACGUCCCGACAAAAUCUCGAAACGAUCGUCGAGGCAAUUCGCCAUCUCGAAGGUGACCAUCUUUUUAGCGACGAACCAUUGGCAUUGACGAACGAGCCAUUGGCAUUGACGAACAAGUCUACGAUGAAGAAGAACCCGUCGAACGUCAAGUGUUCCUCUACGAAUUCGACUUCGACGUCGAGUUUACAAUUAACGGGCAAAGAACAAAGUAGUUCGACGAUACCGUCGGCAAGUCAAAAUUCGUUAAACGCAACGACGGCAUGUUCGACGUCGUCGUCGACAACGACGACAACUACUACUACUACCUCUGCUGCUACUACUACGGUUACGACGACGAAACAUCAGCAGCAACGACUUCUUCACGCUACCGACGUCAACAACUUCCUUCAGUUCCAAGCUCAACAACAGGCCCAACAACGGCCCGGCGUUAUUGUUGUGAAACACUCGUGAUCCACCCUACUCGCGCGUUCUACCGUGCACUGAACGAAACUGAUACACGUUCCAUCGAGAUGAAUUUAUUAUUACCUUCGAACGCGACGCGAGCCUAUCCUCGAAAAUAGACCUUUUUCCUUUACUUUCUCGCGUUUUAAUAAGGACGCGUGCUUCGUCACCGGAUUUAACUUUAUUAUUAUUAUUAUUAUUAUUAUUCAUUUAUUCAUAUUCAUAUUAAUUAAUGACCGUAUUCAUAUUCAUUCUAUUAAUAUUAUUACUAUUAAUUAAUAAUGUGGUCGCGACGAAGGACUUCAUCGUAGUACGUAGUCCUACAUAAUUGGACGCUAACGAACGUACGUAUGUUCCUAAGAAUGAGGUUCGUAGUAUGCCAUCGUCUCGACGAUAAAUUCAAGAUUCGUUUUUUGAUAAUAUUACAACAGGGCCAGAUCGAGCAAAGAUCGAAGAAGAAAUCCUCGUCGUUGAAUCGUCUCUCUUCUCUUCUCUUCUCUUCUCUUCUCUUCUCUUUUUAUUUGUUUUUUUUUCUCUCUCUAUUUGUUCAUACUCUAAAAUAUACUUUGUUCUAUCCUCGUUUCUACGUCGUCCGAAUCUCGAAGGAUCCUUAAAAAUAUCCUUCCCGUGAUUACCGUUAACCCUCUUCCUUGUUUCUUAGUAAUAGAACGAGCGGAUGUUGCGUCUGCUUACUUGUCUACGUGCGCAGGCAGAAAAGAGAGAGGGCUAGUGCGGGGAAGAAAAGGACACACGAGGAUUUCGUUUUUUUUUUUCUUUUUUAGAUUUAAGACGAGUAUCUAUUUGCAGCAGUGUCUCUAGUUAAGUAAGGACUCGUACCGUCUAUUUAUAUGAUAUAUACGGGGUGUAUAUAAAUUUUCUAUGAAGUUUCUUACGGGCUUAUAGAAAUCGUUUGACCGAGAGAAAAGAAGAAAAUUGAUAUAGCUUUAGAAUUGAUCAUUCGAUCGACGACGAGUAUUUUCCUUUAAGCGAAUACUUUAUAUUCUAUCUAUGAGUUUAUCGAUUACUUAUUGUGUCAUUUUUUUAUUUGUGUUAUAUAUUGACAAAUGAUAUAUAUUUAAAGUAAAUUUAACAAACACGCGUACACUUAUUGAAAUUAAACUUGUAGAAUUUCAAUUGGUUCUCGAUAAUUCUUUCCUUUAGCGGAAAAACCAUGAAAAUA